GCUGUUGAGCUGCGCACUGCGUUGACUGCACACACUGCACAGACAGCAGAAGUCAACCAAAGAAUUUCUGCUACAGCUGAUUCGGUCGCCAUUUUUGUCGCGAACAUAAACAACACCAGUGAGUCGCGUUGGCAUUUGGAUGUACCGCUGUUUGGAAGAAAGCGACCAUAGUCUCCCCGCUGCAGCAGCGCUGACAUUUUCAACCGAAGAUGACAGCUGAUUUGGUCACCUGACCCAGUCGGAGAUGGGGCUCAAGCGUGGAUUUCCUCAUCGGGAGGGAGCGGAGGUUUAAAGGGGGGCGGGGAGGGCAGCAGAGGGGCCUUGCUGCUCGUCAGCCCUGAGGAGAUGGACCAAGAGUACGAGAGACGGCUGCUGAGGCAAAUCAACCACCAGAACCUGCCGACAGAGGCCCGCCUGUCAAAGUGUGUAAGUGUUACCUGCAGUCCUGUAAGUGUAAAGUCAGGGGACCGCUUCAUUCCCACCCGUGCUGGAAGCAACUGGAGCAUCAACUUCCACUACGCCAAUGAGAACUGCCGCUCCCCAAAUCAGAACCAUAAAGCAAAGGAUGCCAGUUCAGACUCGAGCAAAGAUGCUGUGGCGUAUGCUGCCCUGUUGAGGAAUGAGUUACUGGGGGCAGGGAUAGAGACUGUGCCAGACCCUCACACAGAUGACCGGCGGCAUGCAGUCCUCUCCCAAGACUCUCACAGCCUUUUUAGGUACACUGUCCACACUAAGAGAGUGCCUUUCGAUAGCGAUAAUGAAGUCUCACCCUACUCCCUUUCUCCACUUAGCAACAAGAGUCACAAGCUGCUCCGCUCUCCUCGUAAACCAGCCCGUAAGAUCUCCAAGAUCCCCUUCAAAGUGCUGGAUGCGCCGGAGCUGCAGGAUGACUUCUACCUCAACCUGGUGGACUGGUCAGCAGGCAACUUGCUCAGUGUUGGUCUGGGUGCCUGCGUCUACCUGUGGAGUGCCUGCACCAGCCAGGUGACAAGAUUAUGUGACCUUUCAGUGGAUGGAGACUCUGUUACAUCAGUUUGUUGGAAUGAGAGGGGGAGUCUUGUUGCCGUCGGAACCCAUAAGGGUUACGUUCAGAUCUGGGACGCAGCAGGAGGGAGGAAGCUGACCAGCCUGGAGGGUCACUCGGCACGUGUAGGCGCCCUGGCAUGGAACGGAGAGCAGCUGUCGUCAGGGAGUCGGGACCGAGUGAUCCUACAGCGGGACAUCAGAACCCCCCCUUCAGCUGAAAGGAGGCUGCAAGGUCACAGACAAGAAGUGUGUGGUCUCAAAUGGUCUCCUGACCACCAGCACCUCGCGUCCGGAGGCAACGACAAUAAGUUAUUGGUGUGGAACAGCUCCAGCCUUCUCCCUGUGCAGCAGUACAGUGACCACCUGGCGGCAGUGAAGGCCAUCGCCUGGUCCCCCCACCAACACGGGCUGCUGGCGUCGGGGGGCGGCACCGCCGACCGCUGCCUGCGCUUCUGGAACACACUGACGGGUCAGGCGCUGCAGAGCACAGACACCGGCUCCCAGGUCUGCAACCUGGCAUGGUCCAAACACGCCAACGAACUGGUGAGCACGCACGGCUACUCUCAGAACCAGAUCCUGGUGUGGAAGUAUCCGUCACUAACACAGGUGGCUAAGUUGACAGGACACUCCUACAGAGUGCUGUACCUGGCUGUGUCACCAGAUGGAGAGGCCAUCGUUACAGGAGCUGGGGAUGAGACGCUACGUUUCUGGAACGUCUUCAGUAAGACACGCUGCACCAAGGAGUCAAAGUCCGUGCUGAAUCUCUUCACAAGAAUACGAUAGUGAGCAGCCCGGGUCAGGACUGGUUUCAGGAGGAGCCUACUGAGCUGUGGUUGAAAUGCACAGAGUCACCAACGACACUCACAGACUAGCCCUUAGAGUCCUCUCAUCUCAGUGCACCAAUCACCACUACAGCCCUCCUCAAAUCCACGUUUUCUACAGAGGAUGCGGCCCCAACUUCCAACAACUGCCAUCUCUCACAGUGACGUCACUGAUAAAAACAAAAAAACAAGCAGUCUAUUGCCAGGACACGUUGUCUGCUUAAAAAAGUCGGUCUUGUUCUCUUUUUCUGUUGUGGAAGUGAGGGAAUUGUUUUUAUUAUAUAUUAGCAGAAGUAUACAUGUACAAGAG